ACAUGCUGUACAACAGAAUCAACAGGCUGUAGGGGACAGCAGACAGAACAUCACCACGACCGGACAACAUAAACAAAGCAGCGCUCCAGCAGAUCCGUCCCUGCAGCUCAACUUUGCCCCCCUAGAAAGAGCAGAGAGGGGCAGACUUUUCCAAAGUGUUUUAAAGCUUUUCACCGCUUUGGGAUGGGACUUCCAGGGAGGAAUAGGAGCCUUUUACGCUGAGACUUGUCUUGAGUUUCUCAACAUUUCAGAGACCAAUUAUUGACUUUACGCAGGAGGCGUGAGACUUCUAUGACAUUGUAAGAAACCCCUUCAUCUGUCGGCACCAUGGCGGAAGCGGCCCAGCAGCCACACCUGGUGGAGAUCGACCCGGAUUUCGAACCCCUUUCGCGGCCGCGGUCGUGCACUUGGCCCCUGCCCCGGCCGGAGUUCAUCAACCCGGGAGACUCCAACACUUCUUCGCCGGUCCCGUCCGUGAAACAGGAGCCCGGGGUGGGCCCCGCAGAGUUCAUCAACAACCUGAGUCGGCUGGAGGAGAACGAGGACUUCCCGGAGCAGAAGCCGGUCAUCCUCUGCAGCGACUUUCAGUGCCAGAAGAACUGCGUCCACCAGCAGACUCAACAUCACCAUCAGCAGCAGCAGCAGCAGCAGCAGCAGGCGAACCCGCAACUCCCGCAUCCACAGCAGCAGGUGCCUCUGCUCUCCACCCCGGUGGGCUCCUCACCUUCCGCGGCCGCAGCAGCUGCAGCCGCCGCGGCGCAGAGGAAGAGCAGCUCCUCUCGGCGGAACGCAUGGGGGAAUAUGUCAUAUGCAGACCUCAUUACCAAAGCUAUAGAAAGUUCUCCAGAAAACAGACUAACUCUGUCUCAGAUUUAUGACUGGAUGGUGAAGAGUGUGCCUUACUUCAAGGACAAGGGAGACAGCAACAGCUCUGCAGGCUGGAAGAACUCCAUUAGACACAAUCUGUCCCUGCACAGCCGCUUCAUCCGUGUCCAGAAUGAGGGGACGGGGAAGAGCUCCUGGUGGAUGCUGAACCCAGAAGGCGGGAAAAGUGGAAAGUCUCCACGACGCAGGGCGGCCUCCAUGGACAACAACAGCAAGUUCACAAAGAGCAGGGGAAGAGCAGCAAAGAAAAAGCUGGCCCUUCAGGGUGGUGCUGAUGGCGGCGCUGACAGCCCAGGCUCCUACUCCAAGUGGCCCGGCAGUCCAAACUCCCACAGUAACGACGACUACGAAGCCUGGAAUGGCUUCAGGCCUAGGACCAGCUCCAAUGCCAGCACCGUUAGUGGCCGACUUUCACCCUUUGUGCCUGAGGACGACCUGGGGGAAUCCGACGUGCACAUGGGCUACCCAGGAGCUCCGGGAUCGAAGAUGACAGCGACACUGCCCAGUCUCACCGAGAUGACUGGAUCUCUCGGACAUAGCUCUGAGAAUGUCAUGGAGAACCUCCUGGACAACCUGAACUUGCUAUCGCCCAACAACUCACAGGUUAGAGGGGGGGCGACAACUCCAGGCUCCUCCCAGUCCUCCCCCUCACCAAUGAUGCAGCCCAGCCCCAGUUACCCAGCCUACAGCUCCCCGAGCAUGGGCUCCCAGUCGCAGCAGGAGUUCCACGAGUGCGUCUAUGGCCAAGCUGGAAUGAACACAAUGUCAUCUAUGCCUCUGCAGACUUUGUCAGAGAGUAAACCUGGCUUUGUGCCCAGCAUGGGGCAGUACAGCUGUCCCGCCGGGCUGCUGAAGGAACUGCUGACGUCAGACACUGAUCAACACAGUGAGUUAAUGCCGUCAGUCGACACCGUGGUAUCUCAGUCCAGCAGUGGCUGCAUGCUGCCUUCAUACAGCAGCAGCCAGCAUGCAGCCAAACUCAUGGCAGGAGGGAACACUCACCCGCAUGGUCUUUCUCAUCCCCACCCUCACAACAUGCAUAACCAAGGGCAGGCUACAUCACCAGCUAUGAACGGCCGCCUGUUGAUGUCACUGAGCUACAAUGGGGGGAGCACACGUUUACCUGUGGCCAAAAGCCCCAUGCAGAUGCCUUAUGGCCUACCUGGGCACCUUAGUGGGGGAGGAAUGCCCAGCAGCUUCUGUCCUCUUAACACCAAUGGAUAUGGCCGAACAGGCAUGAUGGUACCCUCACACAUGGAGAAACUUCCCAGCGACCUGGAUGAUAUGUCCAUCGAAAAGUUUGAGAUUGACGUAGAAAGGGUGCUCCAUGAAACUCUAAUGGACGGAGACUCCCUGGACUUCAACUUUGAGCCAGUUGUGACCCAACAAGGUUUCCCACACGGAGUGAAGACCACCACACACAGCUGGGUGUCUGGGUAAAAAGCGAAGGCAAUCUGAGAUUGAUUCAUCUGACACAUUGCUGUUUGGGCAAAGAAAAAAAAUGAAAUUACAUGAGAAUAAAGGUCCUCAUCCCAAGAAAUCUGUGCCCCAGCAAGAUUCCUGCUUCAAGAUGAUAUUUAUAGGCUAAAUGACUUCUACAGACCUCUGUGCAUGAGUCAACUUUAGAACAGAGAUCAGGAUUGUUUUCAAGUGCCAAACAUUUUGCCUUAACAAGAGAGCCGAACUGAAACACAUCGAGUGGCUUGAAAAAUAUUAACACCUCUUUAUCUUUUUUAUAUAUUUUAUCAAAUUAAGAUCAAAUAAUUUAGUAUAUUUUACUGGGAUUUUAUGAGAAAACCAAAUAUAAGUGUGACUCUAAAAAAAUUGAAGGAUAAUAACCCUUGUUUAAGAUCUACCGGUACAUCAAUACAUUAACAUUAACUGCAAUUACAGCACUUUUAUGUCCUGUUAGGGUAGAUCAUUUUUCCCUAUUGCAAUUUGUUUAUGUAAUAUUGGAGAUGAAUAUUAGAUCAAUAAAAAUUUAUAAAUGUUUUUCCAUUUCUUUUUGGAAAUUAGCUUAAGCUCAGCCAGAUUGGACGAAACAACAACAAUUUUCAAGUGUUUCAACUGUCUCUCAAAUGGAUUUGGGUCUUUACAUUAUCUUGGCCUUUCUAACACUUAGAUAUUAUUUGAUUCCAUUCCAUCUGUUUUAGAAGAUUUAGGUUAAUGUUCCUGCAGCCAGCCUGAAGCCUUAUCUAGGCUCUAAACAGUAUUAUUUCCAUUGUUUCCCUGGAUUUCUCCACCAAAUCUCCCCAUAAUAUUC